UGCGUAAUCGAUAUAUAAUGACAAACACUAUUCCGGCAGAUCUCAUAUAAGUGAUUUACGGGAAGACUCUUGCAAUUGAUUAGCGCUAAUUGCGCAUUCCGCAAUUUUUGCUCAAUGGGACAUAUAGGAAAAUACAUCUUAGAGGAGCGGAAUUGGCGGAAUAAAGCGCCGCUAUCAAUCACGAACGUUCCGCCAUUCUGCAUCCCAUGUGAGUGCACUCUUUAAAGUAUGUUCGAGCAUGAGCAUGCGUUACGAACAAAUCAGAACAAACCUAUACAUCUCACACUAUCUACAAAUAUGUGAUGUUCUCGACAAUUCUCAGACGAUUUUGUUAAAAUAUUGAUGUUAUAUUGUCAUUAAAGUUUUUUGAAAAUUAUAUAAUUUGAGUGACAAAAGAAAAAUAUAAAUAUGCCUACAUAUGAAAUGCCGUUGUUGCUACGCGUCAUGAAAAAGCCGGAACUGGUAGCAACCUUAAAAAGAACGGCCGAGUCGAUAUUUGGUACCGGUGGUUUUAUCAGAAAAAUUGAAAAUUGUGGAGUGAAACCGCUUCCGUGCAAAACUAAUGCACAUGGACACGUUUAUCGUGAAGCAAACCAUUUUUUUAUAUAUUUUGAUGCACCGCCACAUGAAAUAGACAAAAUCACAGAUAAAUGCAAUAGAGAUAUUGAUAUCGUUAGAUCAAAAAUAUUCAAACAAAAUGAACCAUCUAAGGUGAAAUGUACGUUUCAUGAAGAAAUGUUACCACCACCUUACAGGCCUAGCGUCCAAAAACUGAUGGAGAUGACAAAAAGGCAGGAAAAGCGUAAUACACGUGAAUUUAAAUACAAUAAUGGAUUGGAUUAUUAUCCUUUUAAUAAAUAGAUAAAUAAUAUGUGUAUAGAUGUUGUAUUUCUUUUAUUGUUAUAUAUUACACAUUAUAUAUGGGUCUUGAAAUAAAAUAUUUU